UUUGAAAUUGUCACGGACUUAGGAAAUGGAACUCACCUAAUUCCAAGAUAUAUAAGAAACUUUACCAUUCUCUAAAUUUUGCCAUUUAAUCCAUACUCUCUCUAAAGAACAAUUAACUUAAUUUCUAGGAGCUCAAAGGAGUUAAAGUAGGAUGCCCUACUCCAUCAAAUAGACUACCAACCAAGUUCUUUUUCAUUGUUAUUUUAUUAUUUUUUCUAUGUGAUAGAUUAGGGAACACUAUACCUCUCUUCUUUCUUUUUUUUGGGUAUGUUACUUGCGUGUACAUCCCACCUCACCUAAAUCUAAUUUGUUUCCUAACUACAAAAAAAAUCUCCAAGUAUCAAUUCGAGGGUACAAAUUAAGAGUAGAGUUCCAAAAAGUAAACUUACAUUUUACUUGAGCCUUCAUAACCCAACACACACACCCAAUAUACACGCCUUCUAUACUCUUCCACAUAAGUAUAAUUUGGUGCUACGUACAUUUGAGAAAGGAGAAGCACUUAGGUGAAAAGUCCACUUCUGAGAAUCAGAAAAAAUGACUUACUUUUCCUUCACACAUGCAACUAGCAUUUUACCGGUAUGUCUUUGAAGUAGAAGCAAAGAAAACCCAAUCCCCCCAUCACCGUCGAUCCCAUAUCAUAUACCCCCCCUCCACCGUUUAAUUCUCCGCCCCACGGAACUCGUCUUCGAACUCAAUGGAGCGCGCCGAGGUCGACACAACCCGCCCCUUCCGCUCCGUCAAGGAGGCCGUCGCAGUGUUCGGCGAGCGCUUCCUCGUCGGCGAUGCCGCCUCGUCCUCUUGUCACAAACCCAACUCGAAUGCCAAGCUCGGCGUUUCACCUCCGAAGCCGCCCAUGUACUCCGCUGCCUCCUCUCCGCGCUCCUACUCCUCUUCGGCCGCUCAACUUAAUCAAGAAGCAAAUAGAGAAUAUGACGAGCACGAACCUGAAGAUGAAGCCGAACCUGAACCCGUCAUUCUGAGCUCGCUGAAGAAGCUGGAGGCGGAGCUCGCGGAGACGAAGCAAGACGUGGUGCUUCUGAAGAAGAGAGAGUCGGAGAUGGAUCUUGCCGUGGCGAGCCUCAACGCGCAACUGCACAAGAGCUUGUCAAAACUGGCAGAGAUUGAUGCAGCGAAAGCCGCGGAGAGCAGCACAGAGAUAGAAGAAGGGCCCUACAAGAUUCGGAGCAAUCGGUGGGGCGAGAAGAAUGAGGAGAUGCGUAUGAGCUUUGAAUACUUGCCUUCUUUAGCGCAGGCGCUGAGGUUGGGGGAGGUGGAAGACGACUUCGGCGCGAGGAGGAAGAGGAAGGCCCAGAAGGAGGAGAAGAAGAAGAAGAAGAAGCCUAUUGUUCCUCUUAUCGGAGAUUUGUUGUUCUUUAGGAGGAAGAGCUCAGGGGGAGAUGAUGAGAACCAUUUUCUCUACGCGCAGUCGUUUUUGUGAGGAUUGAGUGAAAUGGGUACUGUUUAAUUGAUUUGUGUUGAAGUGCAUGGUGAGCUUAAUUUUGUUAACGUGUGCAUUGAACGUAUGCAUGUACGCAUGCUUAGUUACUUGGCAAGGGAGGAGUACGUACCUUGUUAAACUGUUUGAAGUUUGAAAUAAUAAUUUGCUUUUUCACUUUGUUAAUUAA